AUGGGAAAUGUUCAGAACAAAUAUCGCGUCUAUGACAAGUCCUUAACACCAACAUUCACAGACUCGCUUCAUUACGAAGACUUGGGAAAACUCCAAGUCAAGUCGUUCACCAAGUCACACAAGAAAAUUCGAACUGGUUCGCUUAAAUCUAAGAAAUCUUCAACACCCAAAAAUUUGUCCUGUUCAACACAAUUCCAGAGUGACUUCGAUUCUUCUUUUUCUGUACCUGUUUUUAAUAAAGUGUCACUCAGUACUGGCCUCUCCGCUCCACUUAAACAUGGUUCUCCGUAUUCAUCAUUAAGUGGUUCUCCACGCACUUUCAUGGACAACAAUACUCAAGACGAAAUACAAUUGAUACCAAAACUAUCGGCUAUUACUAAGAAAGAGAAUUAUAACAUUAUUUAUAACAGCGCAGUCGACGAAUUGUCUUCACGUAAUUUUAACAGUAAAGUAUAUGGAAAAUCGGACGUGACGGUAAUAGUCACUUUAGUCGACGGACAAUCGUUUGGGUGUUAUCAAGAGGAAGUGAUGUCAUUCAUGGACAACUCAACAAACAAAAAGUUUUACAUCUUCAAUACGUUUCUAAUGAACAAAAUUAGGCGGCACAGAGUCAUCUCUGCUCCAGAAACAACAUUACACUUGAAUACCGAAAAAAAUUUGGUUUUCACGUGUAAUGGAGCGUUUUGGAUAACUUCAGAGAAUUUGGUCUACUUCCACCCAGCUAUGGACAAAGUGUUUAAUAUCCCAUCAAAGACGAAUCCGAUAUGUAUAAACUCUUUUUUCAAACCACUUAAGAUCAGGAGUGUCGUUGCAAUGAAUUGGUUUUGA